AUGGAGAGCAGGGAGGACAAAGCCAACCAGAGAUGGAGCCAGAGCUCAGAGCUGGUGGUCCAUGAGCAGCUUCCUGAUGGGGAGAAGCCCCACAAGUGCUUUGGGUGUACAAAGAGCUUCAUCUGGCGGUGCCACCUGCUCCGCCACCAGAGGAUCCACACAGACGAACGGCCCUACGAGUGUGGGGAAUGUGGGAAGAGCUUCAGGAAGAGCUCCCAGCUGACUGCCCACCAGAGGAUCCACACUGGGGAACGACCCUACGAGUGUGGGGAAUGUGGGAAGAGGUUUCAGAACAGCUCCAGCCUGAUCCGGCACCGUCACAUCCACACUGGGGAGAGGCCCCAUGGAUGUGGGGAGUGUGGGAAGAGCUUCAGGCAGCGCUCCCACCUGAUCCGUCACCAGAAGAUCCACUCGGGGGAGAGACCCUACGAGUGUGAGGAAUGUGGGAAGAGCUUCAGGCAGAGAAGUGACCUAAACUUCCACCAAAAGAUCCACACUGGGGAGAGGCCCUACAAGUGUUCUGAGUGUGGGAAGGGGUUUCUGACCAGCACAAGGCUCCUCAUACAUCAGCAGACACACACAGCAGAGAGGCCCUUCCACUGCCCCAAGUGCGAGAGGGGCUUCAAGAGGAAAUCCACCCUGACAAGCCACCAGUGCCUCCGCAGCACUGGGGAGAGGCCCCACAAGUGUGAGGAAUGUGGGAAGAGCUUCAGUCAGAGGAAACAGCUGAUCCAGUACCAGAACAUCCACACUGGGGAAAGGCCGUACAAGUGUCAGCUAUGUGGGAAGGGCUUCAGGCAGCUUGCCCACCUGAUCCGCCACCAAAUGAUCCACACGGGGGAGAGGCCCUACGAGUGUGAGAAAUGCAGGAAGAGGUUUCAGACCAGCUCCAGUCUCCUCGUGCACCAGCGCAUUCACACAGAGGAGAGGCCCUUCCGCUGCCCCGACUGCGGGAAGGGCUUCAAGGAGAACUCAACCCUCAUCAAGCACCGGCGCAUCCACACCGGGGAGAGACCCUACAAGUGUGAGGAAUGUGGAAAGAGCUUCUCUCAGAGCUCUAACUUGACCAGACAUCAACGGCGGCACCAGUAAGGGAAGCCCU